GGCGGGGCGGGCCUGUCCUUCCUCUUGCGCCCUCGGACCUCAGGACUCGGGCGGAGCGUUGCCUGUUCCGCCCUCGGAUGCACACCCGCGAGGCCCCACGACUUCCCGGAGGCCGGGGCUUGGGACCCGCUUUCUGGGGUGUUACCCGAAGCCAGGACGGGGACCUUCUGCUCGGCCCCUUUGGCUCCGGGGGAGAGGCGAUCGCGGACUUGUUCUGGGACUGUGGCCUGUGUGGUUAACGCUCGUCCGCUCCCUCCUGGUUGUUAGUCUGAUGUUGGCUUAUUUAUCAAGUGUUUAUUCGAAAGAAUAAAAGAUGUAUCAGAAACCUUUUGGCCUGAUCAGAGUAGUGCAAGGAAUGGCCAGGACUUGGGAGGAGUAGACUAGAGCUGGAGUCAGACCCAUCUAACUCACCGCGUGACCUUGAGCCGGUUGCGGAGCUCCGCGGGGAAGGGUGUGAGGAUGGUAGGAGGUGAUGGGUAAUUUCAGCAGAUUUCACACUACCUUACCUUCGGGGGCUAACUGGGAAUCCAGCAUUUUUAUAGGCAAAAUUGUUCUGGGUUUUAAAAUAACUCACUUAGAAAUGAACCUUUGGAAGGUAAACCCAUCGAAUGUUAGGGACUUUUAAUAUUUUCAACUAUGCUUCACAUUAUCAGAAAGUUGAAGUGGAAUGUGCAGAAGCACAAAUUAUUGGGUUAAAGAACUCUUUUCUUCUUUGGGAGUUGAAUAUAAUAUCUUGGAACUUGAUCAAGUUGGUAAGUGGAAUGAUGAUGGGGCCAGUGUUCAAGAAGUGCUGUCAGAGAUCACUAAUCAGAAAACGGUGCCCAAUAUUUUUGUGAAUAAAGUACAUUUGGGUGGAUGUGACCGAACUUUCCAGGCACAUCAGAGUGGUUUAUUACAGAAGCUUCUUCAAAAAGAGUCAACAUAUGAUUAUGACCUCAUUGUCAUUGGCGGUGGUUCUGGUGGCCUUGCAUGUGCUCAGGAAGCUGCCAUUUUGGGAAAGAAAGUAAUGGUGCUAGAUUUUGUGGUCCCGUCACCUCAGGGUACAUCCUGGGGUCUUGGUGGUACUUGUGUAAAUGUAGGUUGUAUUCCUAAGAAACUGAUGCAUCAAGCUGCCCUUUUGGGGCAGGCAUUAAAAGACUCAAGGAAAUUUGGCUGGGAGUAUAAUCAACAAGUAAAGCACAAUUGGGAGAUCAUGACAGAAGCUAUUCAAAACCACAUUGGCUCUCUAAAUUGGAGCUAUGGGCUGUCUUUGAGGGAGAAGUCUGUGGCCUAUGUAAAUUCCUAUGGAGAAUUUGUCGAACGCCAUAAAAUAAAGGCAACCAAUAGAAAAGGACAAGAGACUUAUUAUACUGCUGCAAAAUUUGUCAUAGCAACAGGUGCAAGGCCACGGUAUUUGGGAAUCCAAGGAGAUAAAGAAUACUGUAUUACUAGUGAUGACCUUUUUUCUCUGCCUUAUUGCCCUGGCAAAACAUUAGUAGUUGGUGCAUCUUAUGUGGCUCUGGAAUGUGCAGGAUUUCUGGCUGGUAUUGGCUUAGAUGUCACAGUUAUGGUGCGUUCAGUCCUUCUUCGUGGCUUUGAUCAAGAAAUGGCAGAGAAAGUGGGUUCCUACAUGGAGCAACAUGGUGUUAAGUUCUUAAGAAAAUUUAUACCUGUGAUGGUUCAACAGUUGGAGAAAGGUUCACCUGGGAAGCUGAAAAUAGUGGCUAAAUCCACUGAAGGACCAGAAACUAUUGAAGGAGUAUAUAACACAGUUUUAUUAGCAGUUGGCCGUGAGCCCUCUACAAGGAAAAUAGGCUUGGAGAAGAUUGGUGUCAAAGUCAGUGAGAAGAGUGGCAAAAUACCAGUCAACGACAUAGAACAGACCAACGUGCCCUAUGUUUAUGCUGUCGGAGAUGUCCUGGAAGGUAAACUUGAGCUCACUCCCGUCGCUAUACAGGCAGGCAAGCUGUUGGCUCGAAGACUUUUUGGGGGUCAUUCAGAAAAGUGCAGUUAUAUUAAUGUUCCAACUACGGUGUUUACUCCUCUGGAAUACGGCUGCUGUGGAUUAUCUGAAGAGAAAGCUAUUGAAAUACAUAAAAAAGAGAAUCUAGAAGUAUAUCAUACUUUGUUCUGGCCUCUUGAAUGGACAGUAGCCGGCAGAGACAACAAUACUUGUUAUGCAAAGAUAAUUUGCAAUAAAGUCGAUAAUAAUCGGGUGGUAGGAUUUCAUAUUCUUGGACCAAAUGCCGGUGAGGUUACCCAAGGAUUUGCAGCUGCAAUGAAAUGUGGGCUCACGAAACAGCUACUUGAUGGCACUAUUGGAAUUCACCCCACAUGUGGUAUUCACCACUUUGGAGAUAACAAAGUCAUCGGGACUGGACAUCACCCAGAAAGGCUGCUGAGGCUAGGCCUGCUGCUAUCUGGUCUCCCUGUCUAUUCUCAUUCCUUUCAAAGAUAAGAACACUCUCAGACCCAGCGAAUCUGUGACAGGGGCACCUGCUCUGUUACAGGCUUUCUUCACAGCACGUAGAUGAGAAUGUAGACAAGGAGACAGGCAGCAGCAGGCAUCUGCUCAGUGGUCUCAGCUGACGGGAGAGGCAGUUGCACUGCUUCCUUGACGUCUUAGCUCGGAACUCAUGUGAAGUGAGCUAAGACCAAUACUCUUCCAAGUCAGAACUGAGCUUUCUUCUCAAAGACCUUUUAAUGACAUAACUAAUCUAAGUCAACCUUUCUGGUUGAAAGUUUUUAUCUUUUUGCUUUGUUGUUUCUAAGAAAAUAUUUUUUCAGUUAUGAAACUAUAAAAUGGUGAUUUUCCAUCGUGUGGGCGUGGAAUUCACAUGGGGUCAUUGGUGAGUGGUGUCUGCGGAAGUGCCCUCAGGUCGCUGGCUGCUUCCCCCUCCCUGGUUCCCUGAUGGCAAUCACCUGGGAGCCAUUCUUCCCUCAGUGUCUCUAGACCAAGCAGAGUAUCUCAUGACAGAGAGGCUUGUGAUUCUUUUUCAUGUUGAUCUUAAGAGUAAUAUUAAAAAGUUUCACUGUGUUAUUUGAACUUUA